CCUGCACUGUGUUUGCAGUCUCUGGUCAUCCCCUGCACUGUGUUUGCAGUCUCUGGUCAUCCCCUGCACUGUGUCCGCAGUCUCUGGUCAUCCCCUGCACUGUGUCCGCAGUCUCUGGUCAUCCCCUGCGCUGUGUCCGCAGUCUCUGGUCAUCUCCUGCGCUGUGUCCGCAGUCUCUGGUCAUCUCCUGCACUGUGUCCGCAGUCUCUGGUCAUCUCCUGCGCUGUGUCCGCAGUCUCUGGUCAUCUCCUGCACUGUGUCCGCAGUCUCUGGUCAUCUCCUGCACUGUGUCCGCAGUCUCUGGUCAUCUCCUGCACUGUGUCCGCAGUCUCUGGUCAUCUCCUGCACUGUGUCCGCAGUCUCUGGUCAUCUCCUGUACUGUGUCCGCAGUCUCUGGUCAUCCCCUGUACUGUAAGGUGCCGGGGAAGGAAGGACAACUCCGCGAAAGCUGGAGCGGGUACCUAUCAAAUUCAGUCUCUAGUCAUCUCCUGUACUGCGUCCGCAGUCUCUAGUCAUCUCCUGUACUGCGUCCGCAGUCUCUGAUCAUCUCCUGUACUGCGUCCGCAGUCUCUGAUCAUCUCCUGUACUGCGUCCGCAGUCUCUGAUCAUCUCCUGUACUGCGUCCGCAGUCUCUGAUCAUCUCCUGUACUGCGUCCGCAGUCUCUGGUCAUCUCCUGUAAUAUGUCUGCAGUCCACUGGUUCAGAAUAUAUUUUUUUCUUGUUUUUCGCCUCUAAAACCUAG